AACGAAAAGCUACUGUGCAUAGGGAAUAGUUAAGUCCGUCGCUCAGUACAUACUAUGGAUCCCAAAAUUGCUGUUGCUCUCACUCUGUCUCUCGUAGGUGGCUUGAGCACCUCCCUCGGUGCAUUACUUGCAAUAUUAAAUCAUGCACCAAACAACAGAACACUUGGGAUAUUACAGGGAUUUGCUACUGGACUCAUGUUGAGCAUGUCUUUCUUUGACUUGGCUUAUGAUGCUGUCAAUGCGAUUGGUUUUCUGAAAGGGAACCUUUGGGUGAGACUGAGAGUAAGCGAGAUGAUUUUUCAGGCAUCUGUACCAUUUCUUAUCUUUUUAGCCUAUGCUUUGCAGUUUUUUGCUGGAGCACUUCUAUUUUCAGCAAUUGCCGACAUCUUCCCUGAGCCAGAAUGCAGUCCGCCAGAUGAAAAUGACAAACAAAAGACGGUUAAUAGCACAGCACGGCAGGAACUUAUGAUGAGACACCGAAGAAGAGUUAUCUUUAGUGUAAUUGUCACCGCAAUUGUUGCUGGUGUGAGUCUGCAAAACUUCCCUGUGGGUACUGCCGCGUUUCUUGGAACUGCAAAGGGUUUUCGUGUUGGCCUUAACUUGGUUAUUGCUAUAGCUCUACACUACAUCCCGGAGGGCAUUGCUGUCGCUCUCCCUGCAUACUUUGCAACUUGCAGCAAAUGGCAAGCAUUCAAACUAGCAACACUUUCUGGUUUUGCGGAGCCACUAGGUGUAAUUAUCGUGGCAUAUAUAUUUCCGAGCAACCUAAAUCCAGAAAUAUUGGAAGGUCUACUUGGAUUGGUGGGAGGAGUAAUGGCUUUCCUGACAUUGUAUGAGAUGCUACCAUUAGCAAUUGAGUAUGCUGGACGCAAGGACGCUGUGAAAGCUGUAUUUGUUGGCAUGGCAUUUAUGUCUAUGAGCUUGCACUUCUUGGACAUUAGUCUUCCAAAGGAGAUGAGCGCUUAAUUUCAGUCUAACCCAAUAAGUGCUAUGGGCAAAUGCAUCGUGGACUUUCAGUAAGGUCACGGUUGGGAGGAUGUGCAUACAGUCGCAUGUCAUGAUACAGCUUUCUGCAAUAGUAGCUGACACGAUGACCUGCAAAUCAGGGCCUUCAUUGAUGUCCUCCUGAUGCAUGGCUGCCAUGGCUGCAAGAAAAUUAUAGGCCUCAAACUCCAACAAGUCAUGUACAUAAUGAAUAAAACUGUACUUAUAGGACGGAGAUAAAAACCACUCGUGUGAUGUAAAUAACAAAAAUGUUUAUGAGAUGAACCAUUUGUUAUCAAAGAUAAUUGUACAUCAUGUGAUCCAACAAAGUAUACAGUGAAAUUUAUUUUAUGCAAAGGUUAAACCGUGUGGCUUGCUAUUCA